AUGGUGGUGAUGGAAGAAGAACAAGUGGAGAAAGAAAGGCCAGUUAUAUUCAGAGAUAUAAGGCGAUAUUAUUGUGAUUACUGUGGUAUUUGUAGAUCGAAGAAGUCUCUCAUCACUUCCCAUGUCCUCACCCGUCACAAGGAGGAGAUGGACAAACAAAGAGUUGAUGGGGAUGAGGGAAAGGAGGAAGUAAAAUCCAACACUUGCGAAAAACGUGGUGCUAGUUUUAAAAAGCCUGCAUAUUUGAUUCAACACAUGCAAAGUCAUUCUCUUGAGCUCAAAUAUCAGGCUGGGAGACCUCCUGAGAAGCUCCAUCAAGCGAGCCUCAAUCACGCUCCUGUUGAAGUUGAGAGGCCAUUUGCAUGCUCGGUUGAUGACUGCCAUGCCAGCUAUAGAAGAAAAGAUCACUUAACUCGCCACCUUCUCCUGCAUGAAGGGAAACUUUUAAAGUGUCAAAUUGAGAAUUGCAAUUGCAAAUUUGUUUACCCAAGCAAUAUGAAAAGGCAUGUUAGAGAGCUUCAUGAUGAGAGUUCUCCUUCCUAUAGUGGUGAAGGUGAGAAGCAGUAUAUAUGCCAGGAAACGCGAUGUGGGAAGGUAUUCAGAUAUCCAUCAAAGCUGCGAACACAUGAGGAUUCUCAUGUGAACCUGGAGUUCGUGAAGGCAAUGCGUCUAGAACCAGGCUGUUGUGACAUGAGAUUCUCAUACAAGCAUGUAAGAGAUAACCAUGAAAAGUCUUCUUUGUAUGUCUAUACUCCUAAAAUGAAUUGGCAUUCUGAAAUUGGAUUGCUUUUGGAUGAGGGUGAUUUUGAGGAGUCUGACCGGCAGUUCAAGUCAAAGCCAAGAGGUGGAAGGAAGAGGAAAUUCCCAACUGUUGAAAUGUUGAUACGCAAGAGAGUAACUCUACCAACUAAAUUGGAUUAG